UGCCAGUGAGUGCACACCACACCAUGGCGGAAGAGAAUUCUACUUUGUUGACACGGCCUACGAAGUACAACAUCGAGGACUCCAACAUCGCAUUGUUAAGGUCGGAUAUCUGGCGGAUUGCGAAGUUCGCCGUCGUCGAAUGGCCCAAGGCGCGCUUUGGAUCAUUCUACGAUGGAGACUCGUACAUAGUCUUGCAUACAUACAAGCCAAGCCCAGACUCGCAAGAGCUGGCUUACAACCUACACUUCUGGCUCGGUUCAGAGACCACCCAGGAUGAGGCCGGCACCGCAGCCUACAAGACGGUGGAGCUAGACGGUCAUCUCGACGAGAAGCCAGUCCAAUAUCGCGAGAUUCAAGGAUAUGAAUCCUCCAAGUUCCCUUCCUAUUUUCCGCACUUUCUCUGUCUCGAGGGCGGCGUGUCCACUGGCUUCCACCACGUCUCGUCCACGCCACCAGACAACACCCGCAGACUGUACAGGGUAACGGCUUCUGGCCACCAGCUGGUCGUACGCGAAGUGCCCCCAGAAUCACCUAGCCUCGUGCCAGGCGAUGUAUAUGUCUUGGACAUGGGCAAUAAGGUGUGGCAGCUGAACACAAAGGGUAGCGUCGGAAAGGAGAGGUUUAAAGCUGCAGAGUUUGACCACUCGCUGGCCACCGACAGGAAUGUCACGGAGGCCUGCGAGGUCACGGUGUUCGAUGAAGGCGGACACGGCGCUGGCAUUUUCCUCUCCGAGUUUGGACUGGAACGCUUGCCUUCCGGUCCUGAGGCACCUGGGCCUGAUGUCAAAUCGCCAGCACAUGCUCCUUUCUGUUGAAGUCAGUGUUGUAAAAAAAUUGGGCCUGCGUCGCAAAACACGCGAGACGAGAAGCAUAUAUGCACCUUCAGUGGCGGCAUUAAUGUAGUUCUUGUCCUUGUUGCCACACUGUAGGCCGCAGCAUGAUCACCGUCGAACUCGC